GAGGGGGUGUCCGUGGAGAAGCGACCCUGGCCAUGGACCAGCCGGCCGGCCUGCAAGUGGACUACGUCUUCCGGGGUGUGGAGCAUGCUGUGCGGGUGGUGGUUUCGGGGCAGGUGCUGGAGCUGGAGGUGGAGGACCGGAUGACAGCCGACCAGUGGCGAGGCGAGUUCGAUGCCAGCUUCAUCGAAGAUUUGACUCACAAGACAGGGAACUUCAAACAGUUCAACAUCUUCUGUAACAUGCUGGAGUCAGCCCUCACCCAGAGCAGCGAGUCCGUCACCCUCGACCUGCUGACCUACACAGACCUGGAGUCCCUGCGGAACCGCAAGAUGGGGGGCCGCCCAGGCCCAUUGGCCCCGAGAUCUGCCCAGCUCAACUCCAAGCGCUACCUGAUCCUCAUCUACUCUGUGGAGUUUGACAGGAUUCACUACCCGCUGCCCCUCCCGUACCAGGGCAAGCCAGACCCUGUGGUGCUCCAGGGCAUCAUCCGCUCACUGAAGGAAGAGCUGGGCCGCCUUCGAGGGCUGGGCGGCCAGGAGGCUCGGGACACCCGGGAGGCUGAGAUCUGGCACCUGCGGGAGCAGGUGUCGCGCCUGUCUUCGGAGAAGCGCGAGCUGGAGGUGCAGCUGGGCCGCUCACGCGAAGAGGCGCUCGCCGGGCGGGCGGCACGCCAGGAGGCGGAGGCACUGCGCGGGCUCGUGCGCGGCCUGGAGCUGGAGCUGCGGCAGGAGCGCGGCCUCGGCCCCACGGCGGCGCGCCGCGGCCAGGACUGCCGCCGCCUGGCCAAGGAGCUCGACGAGGUGAGGGCGUCGGAGCGGACGCUGCGCGCGCGGCUGAGGACGCUGAACAGCGAGCUGGCCCUGUACAAGAGAGGGAGGCGGACUCCGCCGGUGGUACCGCCCUCGGUCCGGGAGGACCGCGCCUCGUCGUCCCGGGAGCGCUCCACAUCGCGUGGCCGCGGCGCAGCCCGUUCUUCAUCGCGGGAAAGCGGCCGCGGGGGCCGGGGUCGGGGCCGCCCUGCCCGGCCCUCUCCCUCGCCCACAGGUGGUCGCGGGACCCGUUUCGACCCCACGGCCUUUGUGAAAGCCAAGGAGAAGAAGCAGAGAGAGCUCAAGAUGAAGCAGCAGCAGCGAAACCGACUGGGCAGUGGAGGCAGCGGGGACGGUCCGACGAUCUCAUGGUCUCGCCAGACCCGGCCCCCCGCCGCCGUGACCGGCCGAGGGGACGCGGCUAACCGCUCCCGAAACCGCAGCUCCUCCGUGGACAGUUUCCGCAGUCGCUGCUCGUCCGCCAGCUCCUGCAGCGAGUUCGAGGAUUUCUCCGAGUCGCUCUCCAGAGGCGUUCGCCGCUGCAGGAAGCCUCCCAGCCCCAAAACCUGGAAUAGGUCCUAUACGCAGCAGCAGAAGUCUACCCCCCUGGAGCGUGGCCAUCAAAGACGCACGGGCAAUUCGGGGGGCUGGGUCCCUAUCAAAGAUUACAGCUCAGACCACCAGGCGGCCGACAUGGCCGAAAUAGACGCCCGGCUGAAGGCCUUGCAGGAAUACAUGAACCGGCUGGACACGCGGUCGUGA